AUGGAAAUUUCGCCAACUAAAAUUAAAUCAGUUUUAUUAAAAUUAAUCCAGAUUUUAUUUUUUACAAUUUCAAUUUCAAUUUAUAUUGAUUUAGUUGGUAAUAGUAAUAAUAAAAAUAAUAUUAAUAAUAAUAUAAAUAAUGAAGAAUUAUUAUUAAAUAAACAAAUACAAAUUUAUUAUUGGUUUGUUGGAAUUAUAUUAUUUUCAAUUGCAUGGAGUAUUGGUACAUUUAAAUGGUUAUCAAGAUUCUUUUUAACAUUUUUCAUAAUUAAAUCAAUUCAACAAUUAAUUCAACAUUUACCAAUUGAGUUUUAUGAUAAACUUAGAAAUUUAAUAGUUUUUGGAACAUUUUCAAAAUUUGAUUUCACAAGUACUGGCAUAAUCACUGAAUCAUUACCAACAUUAUAUGAUAACUUUUUUGGUGGAAACAUUUCACCAUUUUCAAUUGAAAUAAUUGGUAUUCAAUCUUGUUUAAUCAUUUUCUUUAGUACAUUAGGUUUCAAUAUUUAUUUAGCUGACAAAUUUUGGUUAAUUAAAACCAUCAUUGUAGAUUGGAUAAUCAGUGCUAUACUUUUAAUCAUUUUCUCCAUCACUGACCUAUUAAUGAACCAAAGUAAUGUUUAUUCCGUAAUCUCCUAUAUCUUUGGUUCAAAUGUCUUAGGUUUCGGUACCAUCAAAAUCCAAGAAUUCCUUUGGAACCUUUCUUCAAAAUAUGAUGAUAAAUUAAAUUCAACAAUAAUAAAAUCCACAAAAUCAAAUAAUAACAAUAAUAACAAUAAUAAUAAUAAACAAGAUGAUAAUAUAAUUUAUGAUACAGAUUCCUCAUUUAAUGGACAAUCAUCUUCUUCCUCUUCUUCUUCCUCUUCUUCUUCUUCCUCCUCCUCUUCAGCAACAACAACAACAACAACAUUGGUUAAUGAUAAUUCAAUAAUUUCAGAAUAUGUUACAGAGAAAAUUAUGAUUGAAGAAAAUGGUGAAAUUAAGGAGCAGGAAGUUCAAGUUGAUAAAUUAGAUUAUAGUAAAUUAAAUGAAGAUCAAUUGAAUGCAAUUUUAAGUGAACCAAUUUUAGAAACCCAAAUUACAACUAGAAAUGUUUCAUAUCAUAAAUCAACGAGAUUUAUAAAUAAUUUAAUUGCACCCGAAAAUAUUAAUUCAAGAAUUAGUGCAAAGGAAUUUGUUGGCGUAAUUAUUUUAUGGGUUUACACAAUUUCAAAUUUUAUAAUUUCAGAUUAUUCACUUUUAACAAUUCCAAAUAUUUUAGUUGUAGUUGGUUUCUCUGGUACAAUUCUAACUUAUUUAUCAACAAUUUCUGCUAAAAGAUUAACAAAUAAAAAUCCUUCAAAAAGAGAAUGUUAA